AUGCCUUCACAGAUGGGCUUUAUACAACUCAACGAGGACUUCAUAUUCAUUGAGCCAUUCAACGAUACAAUGGCCAUCCUAGGUCACCCACACCGUUUAUACAGGCAGAAAAGGUCCACAGAGGGAAAAGACAGGGAGAAGUCAGCUCUUCACAACCAUCACUGUGGUGUCAUUUCAGAUAAAGGAAGACUAAGGACUAAAAUAACAGAGAGCAGAAGAGAAAAACGAUAUUCAUACAAACUGCCCCAGGAAUACAACAUUGAGUCUGUAGUGGUUGCAGAUCCAGCAAUGGUUUCCUACCAUGGAGCAGAUGCAGCCAGGAGAUUCAUUCUGACAAUCUUAAAUAUGGUUUUUAACCUUUUCCAACACAAGAGUCUGGGUGUGCAGGUCAACCUCCGUGUGAUAAAGCUUAUUCUGCUCCAUGAAACACCAGCAGAUCUGUACAUUGGGCACCAUGGAGAGAAAAUGCUAGAGAGCUUUUGUAAGUGGCAGCAUGAAGAAUUUGGCAGGAAGAACGAUAUACACUUAGAGAUGUCGACCAACUGGGGAGAAGAUAUUGCUUCGGUGGAUGCAGCUAUCCUGAUAACAAGGAAAGAUUUCUGUGUCCACAAAGAUGAGCCAUGUGAUACUGUGGGUAUAGCUUACUUGAAUGGAAUGUGUAGUGAAAAGAGAAAGUGUAUCAUUGCUGAAGACAAUGGCCUGAACCUUGCAUUUACAAUUGCUCAUGAAAUGGGUCACAACAUGGGCAUUAAUCAUGACAAUGACCACCCAUCAUGCGCUGAUGGACUUCAUAUCAUGUCUGGUGAAUGGAUCAAAGGACAAAAUCUUGGUGAUGUUUCAUGGUCCAGGUGUAGCAAGGAAGAUUUGGAAAGAUUUCUCAGGUCAAAGGCCAGUAGCUGCUUGCUACAGACAAGUCCACAGAGCCUCAGUUCUGUGUUGGUUCCCUCAAAACUGCCAGGGAUGGUGUACACUCAUGUUCUCUGCACAGGUCUGUGGUGCAGAGUAGAAGGGGAGGCAGAGUGCAGGACCAAGCUUGAUCCACCAAUGGAUGGGACUGACUGUGACCCUGGCAAGUGGUGUAAGGCUGGAGAAUGCACCCGCAGGACCCCCGCACCUGAGCACUUGGCUGGAGAGUGGAGCACGUGGAGUUCCUGUAGCCGAAGCUGCAGUUCUGGGGUCAGCAGUCGAGAGCGCAAGUGUCCUGGGCUAGGUUCUGAAGCAAGGGAUUGUAAUGGCCCCAGAAAACAAUACAGAAUAUGUGAGAAUCCACCUUGUCCUGCAGGUUUGCCUGGAUUCAGAGACUGGCAAUGUCAGGCCUAUAGUGUUAGAGCUUCGUACCCAAAGCAUGCACUUCAGUGGCAAGCUGUCUUCGAUGAAGGAAAACCAUGCGCCUUGUUUUGCUCUCCUGUUGGAAAGGAGCAGUCAGUCCUUCUGUCAGAAAAGGUGAUGGAUGGAACUUCCUGUGGAUACCAGGGGUUAGAUGUAUGUGCAAAUGGCAGGUGCCAGAAAGCUGGAUGUGACGGUUUAUUGGGGUCUCUUGCCAGGGAAGAUCAUUGUGGCGUAUGCAACGGCAAUGGAAAAUCAUGCAAAGUCAUUAAAGGUGACUUUAAUCACACCAGAGGGGCAGGUUAUGUGGAAGUUCUGGUGAUACCUGCUGGAGCAAGAAGAAUCAAAGUUGUGGAGGAAAAGCCGGCACAUAGCUACUUAGCUCUUCGAGAUGCUAGCAAACAGUCGAUAAACAGUGACUGGAAGAUAGAACAUUCUGGAACAUUCAAUCUAGCUGGAACUACAGUCCAUUACAUAAGACGAGGCCUGUGGGAGAAGAUCUCUGCCAAAGGUCCUACAACCACACCUUUACAUCUCCUGGUACUGCUGUUUCAGGAUCAGAGCUAUGGUCUUCACUAUGAAUAUACAGUUCCAUCAGACCCACUUCCAGACAACCAGAGCUCUAAGGACCCAGAACCCCUCUUCAUGUGGACCCAUGCAGGCUGGGAGGAUUGCAACGCCACAUGUGGAGGAGGAGAGAGGAAGACAACAGUGUCAUGCACAAAAAUCAUGAGCAAGAAUAUCAGUAUUGUGGACAAUAAGAAAUGCAAGUACUUAACUAAGCCGGAGCCACAAAUUCGAAAGUGCAAUGAACAACCUUGUCAAACACGGUGGAUGAUGACAGAAUGGACCACGUGUUCACGGACAUGUGGGAAAGGAGUGCAGAGCAGACAAGUGGCCUGUACCCAGCAACUGAACAAUGGAACAUUGAUUAGAGCCUGGGAGAGGGAUUGCGUGGGGCCAAAGCCCGCUACUGCCCAACGGUGUGAGGGCCAGGACUGCAUGACAGUGUGGGAGGCAGGAGUGUGGUCUGAGUGAUCAGUGAAGUGUGGCAAAGGCGUGCGGCAUAGGACUGUGAGGUGCACUAACCCAAGAAAGAAGUGUGUCCUCUCCACCAGACCCAGGGAGGCAGAGGACUGUGAAGACUACUCAAAAUGCUAUGUAUGGCGAGUAGGUGACUGGUCUAAGUGCUCCAUUACCUGUGGCAAAGGCAUGCAGUCUCGUGUUAUCCAGUGCAUGCACAAGAUCACAGGCAGACAUGGAAGUGAAUGCUUUUCUUCUGAGAAACCUGUGGCAUACAGGCCAUGCCACCUUCAGCCCUGUAAUGAGAAGAUAAAUGUAAAUACAAUAACGUCACCCAGACUGGCUGCCCUGACCUUCAAGUGCCUGGGAGACCAGUGGCCAGUGUACUGCAGAGUGAUACGGGAGAAGAACCUGUGCCAGGAUAUGCGGUGGUACCAGCGCUGCUGUGAGACAUGCAGGGACUUCUAUGCCCAAAAGCUACAGCAGAAGAGUUGA